CCAAGUCUCGCGCGACCUCGUGACUCUCGCGAGACUUCGCGAGGCCUCCAACAUGGCGGCGGCUGCGGCGGACGGGGAAGAUGUGGCCAAGCUGCAGAAGCACCUGGCGCUUCUGCGGCAGGAGUACGUGAAACUACAGCAGAAGCUAACGGAAACGGAACGCAGGUGCGCUCACCUGGCGGCCGCGUCGGGCCAGGACGAACGCGCCGACGACUUCAUCUCACGGCUGCUCGCGUUCGUCGCAGACCUCUACCGCAGCGAGCUCUACAGUGACCUGCAGGUGAAGCUCAAAGAGCAGGCAAUGCCAGGACACAAGUUCGUCUUCGCAGCACGCAGCGACCUGUGGAGCAUGAGCAGCAUGGCCUCCUCCGACACGCUCGACCUGUCGGGCAUCGACGAGGAGGUUGCAGUGGCAAUGCUGCGGUGGGUGUACACGGAGGACGUGGAUACAGCUGGCAAGGGAGAGGCCUUCCUCACCGAGCUCAUGAAGCUAGGCAGUCAAUACAAGCUGACGCCAUUGCGAGAGCGGUCUGAGAAAGCCAUCAUGUCCUCGGUGACGGUGAGGAACUGCAUCCGCUACUACCAGACGGCCGAGGAGCUGGGUGCCACUUCCCUGCUUAACUACUGCGCGGAGAUCAUUGCCAGCCACUGGGAUGACCUGCGAGCAGAGGAUUUCAGCAGCAUAACAGCCCCACUCCUCUACAAGAUGUUCAAGUCGAAGACUGACUUCCCGCUGCACCAGGCCAUCAAGGCCGAGCGUGAGGACGUCGUGUUUCUCUACCUCAUCGAGUACGACUCACAGCUCCCGGACAAGCUGGAUGAGGCUGACCUGGCGGGCAAGCUACCGCUGGAGUUGGCGCUGGAGCGGCGGCUGGAGAGCAUUGCCACGACGCUCGUGACACACCGCGCCGACGUGGAGCGACCCAACAGCGAGGGCUGCACACUGCUGCACCGUGCCAUCACACGCGGCGACGAGUUCUCGGCAGCGUUCCUGAUCCGGCACGGGGCGUUUGCCAACGCGGCGACAGUGCUGGGCCAGGAGACGCCUUUGCACCUGGUGUCCUCGCGCUCUGCUCACGAAGCUAGCGGCCCCGGCACCGUGCUCAUCGCUAACGCUCUCCUAGAGGCCGGCGCCAACCCCAACACCCAGGAUUCCUCUGGCCGGACGCCUCUACACAGAGCGAUCGUGGCUGAGAAUGAAGCUGUCUUCAGCCUCCUGCUGCAGUGCAAGCAGAUCGACCUGGAGCUGCGUAACCGUGACGGGGACACGGCACUGUGGCUGGCGCUGCGAUGCCCCGUGGCCGAGGAGCCAGGCUGGCCGGAGGGGCAGGCCGGGCAGCACGUCCUCAACGGCGAUGCCUUCUCGUCCCAGUGCUUGGCUGCCCGGCUCAUUGCUAGGGGCAGCAACGCCGAUGCGUCUGACAUCAAAACCGGUAAUAGCCUGCUGCAGCGGGCAGCAGCAGCAGGCAGCGAGUCAGCCACGCUUUUCCUGGUGGCUCAUGGAGCCUCCAUCAACCACACCAACUCCAGGGGGGAAACGCCGCUCCACACGGCAUGCCACUUCGGCCUGGCGCAGCUCACAGCCGAACUGCUGCACCGCGGCGCCAACCCCAACGCUCAAACCGGGCCCGCAUAUGCACCGAGUCAGAGUCAGACACCAAGCCUGAUGCCGGUGAUGGACAGGGAGUGCGGGCAAGCAGAAGGGGAGACUUUGAGCGAUGCUGCCGCGGUUAAGGGUCCGGGGUCAGAUGACGAGAUGCACGCGCAGACGCCGCUUCACCUCGCGAUUUACCACAACCACCCAGAGGUGGUGGCAGUCUUCCUGGAGCAAAAAGCAAAUGCGCUGAAUGGUGUAAACAACUUGCAGAUCAUCCCGGACUUUAGCCUGAAGGACUCGAAGGAGCAGACUGUGCUGGGAUUAGCCCUGUGGACCGGAAUGCACAAGAUCGCGGCCCAGCUGCUUGGCUCAGGAGCGGCGAUCAACGAGCGCUCGUCGGACGGGCAGACCCUGCUCCACGCCGCCAUCCUCAAGCGCAACAGCGACGGCGCUCUCUUUCUGCUGGAGCACAACGCCGACAUCAACAUUCGCACGGCGGAGGGGCAGACGCCGCUACAGCUCGCCAUACGCCAGCAGCUGCCCCUGGUGGUGGACGCUCUGUGCACGCGCGGCGCCGACAUGACCGUGCGCGACCCCGCCGGGGACCCCCCGCUCUGGGUGGCGCUGCAGGGGGGCAACGACGACAUCGCUUCCACCCUGGUGCGACACGGCUGUGAUUCCACCUGCUGGGGCCCUGGGCCAGGAGGCUGCCAGCAGACCCUGCUGCACCGCGCCAUUGACGAAAACAAUGAGAAGAUCGCCUGCUUCCUGAUCCGCAGUGAUUGUGAUCGAGACGGCCCAAGGCGACCGGGCCUCAAGGGCGAAGGUCAAGAGGAGGCACGUGACGGGCAGACUCCGCUGCACCUGGCGGCCACGUGGGGCCUGGAGGAGGUGGUUCAGUGUCUACUGGAGUACAGAGCAAAUGUGAACAUGCAGGAUGCUGAGGGCCGCACACCCUUGCACAUCGCCAUCAGCAACCAACACGAUGUCAUCAUCGCAUUGCUGCUGUCCCACCCUGAGCUGCGGCUGGGUGCUCGUGACCGCCAAGGUCAGACGCCAUUUGCCUGCGCCAUGACGUACAAGAACAAUCGUGCUGCAGACGCCAUCCUCAAGCGCGAGCCCACCGCUGCUGAGCAGGUCGACAACAAGGGACGCAACUUCCUGCACGUGGCGGUGCAAAACUCGGACAUCGAGAGCGUCCUGUUCCUCAUCAGCGUGAGCGCCAACGUGAACUCGCGCGUGCAGGAUUCCACGGGCCUCACGCCGCUGCACCUCGCAACACAGGGCGGCUCCGAGAUCAUCGUGCGCAACUUGCUGCUGGCGGGAGCGAACGUACGCGAGCUGACCAAGAACCGGCAGACGGCGCUUCACUUGGCAGCGCAGCUGGACCUGCCGUCCAUCUGCUCUGUGCUGAUUGAGAACAGCACCGACUUUAGCGCCUGCGACGACAACGGCAACAACGCGCUGCACCUCGCUGUCAUGCACGGCCGCCUCAACGUGGUCCGCGUCCUCCUCACUGAGUCCAGCAUCGACGCUGAAGCCUUCAACUUGCGAGGCCAGAGCCCCAUGCACGUGCUGGGCCAGUACGGCAAGGAGAAUGCGGCUGCCAUUUUCGAGCUCUUUCUCGAGUGCAUGCCGGAGUAUCCACUGGACAAGCCGGACAUUGAGGGCCACACGGUUCUGCUGUUGGCGUACAUGAAGGGCAACGGGAACCUUUGCCGCGCCGUGGUGCGGGCGGGCGCGCGCCUCGGCCUUACGAACUCGCAGGGAGUAAACAUCUUCAACUACCAGGUCGCCACCAAGCAGCUUCUCUUCCGUCUACUCGACAUGCUGUCCAAGGAGCCUCCAUGGUGCGAUGGUUCUAACUGCUACGAGUGUGCGGCCAAGUUUGGAGUGACUACGCGCAAGCACCACUGCCGGCAUUGCGGCCGACUUCUGUGCAACCGCUGCUCGGCCAAAGAAAUUCCCAUCAUUAAAUUCGACCUCAACAAGCCUGUGCGCGUUUGCGACAUCUGCUUUGACGUGCUGACGCUUGGUGGCGUCUCCUAGCAAAGCCCCUCUUCCAAUAACCACUGUUCUCCACAGCAUUACCCCCACUCCGCCAAACCUCCUGCCCAACCCCUCUCCCUUGCCAACAACACUUCUUCCAUUCCAGCUGUCCCCUAACCUUGCUUACUAUUGUAAGAGCCAUACUAGUGGGUGUCUGUGUGCCACCAGCAUCCCGCCACACUGCCCGCUGCUUAAAGCUGCUAGUCGCUAGUAUGCUGCGGCAUGUGCCUGGGCACACAGUGAUGUAUAGUGCAGACUUUUUUCAGCCAGGAUGUUGACAGCCUGUGCAAUCGUCCCAUGCUCAGGCCUCCUCUCUAACACCGUCUUCAGCCUCAUUGUCUCUGUAAAGAGAGAGACCAGUGUUUGUAAUUAUGUUUUUGCAUUCCAGUUGAGUGCCCUGUAGGUCCAGUGGCAUGAUGGGUAUCAAAUGAACUCGGAGUGAUAGCAUUCACAGCUGUUUCUCUUUGAUCACGUAGUGUGAUGGAGGCACAGUUUAGGUGUGGGAAUCUGCUGUGGUACACCGCACAUGUACUUCCUACGCACAAACCACUCCCUUUGAACUGUCUUAACUUAGAAUGAGCUGUUGUUGCAGGCUUGAGAUGACCUAACUAACCCUUACACCAAUUGUAGCCUGAAGUAACCUGAUCAGUCACUUAAGUGCUAAUGUUGCUUUGGUAAACAAUGGUAACAGCGGUAAGCACUAUCAUGUAUGAGAAUGCAACUAAGCUGCAGUAAGCAGAUUUGCUUGAAAUCUCUGUAAAGCUGAACCAAUUUGUAGUGACGUUUUGCAACCUUGAAUCACGUUCGAAUGGCGACCGUAUUAACACUAAUAGCGUAACAGUACUGUACUCUACUUCCACUUUUAGUCAGGGUUGCAUCUGGGUGGGUGUGCCCCUGUGAGCCACCGAUAACCUCAUCAUGACAAAGAGUUGCGUUUUCAUGCAAGGAUGACCCUCUUCACAGAAAGCCCAUCACGGCAUUGCACCUCCGAUUAGCAUGGUUGGCUACGUAUGGUGGGAAAGAAGUUCAACAUCCAUACAUGUGCAAGCAGUUUUGGGCAGAAAUGGCUGGAAUGGUGAUUAGCUAUUUGUUUGAAUCUGCUCAUUGCACACUGCUGUGAUCUUUUCAUGUAAUCGGUGUCAGACUGUCGUGUGUGUGUCUUCUGAAAUUCACUGUUAGCGCUGUACCAUGUUCUACAUUUAAAAAGCAGGUCCAGGCUGAUCGACACCACGGCUCAAUGAGACACAAACCAGAAAUGAUUGGAAGGUGAUUCCGCUGUCCCGUUGUCAAAUUUUGGAUCGGCUCCGUUUCAACCAUGAAUCAAAUUGAUAUUGAAUAAUUUCCGUACUUCCUUUAGCUCAUCAAAAUGUUGCCAAUCUUGUGCUUCGCUUUUGUCGUGUACGGCACACUAGCCAGUGUUUUGCAAAGUGACACUUUGAUAAUACUUUCAAUGGAGGACUGAUCACACAUCAUGAUAACCCCCCAUACAAACGGCACAAUAAAACCACGUGGCUUGUGUGUUCUACCUCGUAGAUUGAAUUUCCAAUACAAUAAUUGAUAACCCAGCUGUGUUUUUUUAUAUCUUAAACUAUAAAUCUCGGCACAAUUAAAAAGAAAUUUACUGUGAAAAAAUUUUUGCAAAUCUAUUUGUGAGUAACUUUGGUGGCCCCUUCGGAUGCAGUGUCUUGCUAUAACUGCUCUGGCCAUCCUCAGACCCCAGGACUCGCCCGAUGACACUACCCUAACUCUGGCUACCAUCGCCUGUGGGGGGAUCAUCAGUCUGCUGGGGAGGCACACCACCGAUAGCCGAGGGUGGGCUGCACUGCACUGUGAUGUAUCCCCCCCACUCUAGAAAUGCUGCUCCAUCUUAAAAAUUCUGAAAAUAUUUUGUGAUUGUCAUCUUCAGGGUGACGUGGGUAAAUGUUAUAAAUAAACUUUGUUUUUGUGUUAUUGAUGAAGGUCGCACAUUUUGCAGAUGGCUGAAAUGGUGAGAUAAGCCUUGGCUCAAGGAGGGACCACCCUACCCUACUCCCCUCCUAACCACCUCCCCUCGCCGAUGAACUGUUCUGCAGAAAUAUGAACUCCCUACGUCAACCCAAAGAAACUAAUUUUUUUAAUUCUGUAAUUGCGAAAUCUCGCCCAUCUGACCACCAUACAUAGUGUGUUAUGGGCUGCUGGGCUACGCUGCUGGGCAGGCAACAAAAUGGUCGAUGAGCCUGUACUUGUAUGCUGCUACUUCUUUGCCCCCCGUCUCUCGCCAACCCCCUUUGACCAGCGUGGUAAAGUAUGGUAAAAGAACCUCCAACAAUUUGCAUGGCAUGGGGAGGGCCUUCAGCUGUGGAUUAACAAAAGGCUGUAUGUGUCAACAAGAUACGAUCUCAUUCGCACUAAUGCUCUGAAAAUGGUUCUAUUCCAAUGUAACUGGCAAACAAUGUUCGUACACAAACUAUGUUGCACUCUUGGGUUAAAGCACAAAUAGAAUUCCGUUCUGUCUUCACAUAUAUAAACUAGUUUUAGUCCAUCAGCCUCUUGGCGUUGCAGACAAUAUCAAGUAUUAUUUGUUGAAGAAAACCGGACCGGUUUUGACCUGAUGUACUCAACUGUUAUAUAUCCCGUAUGUGGAGAUAGAAAGGAGUUCUGUUUAUAUUUUCAGCUGCUAAUAUGUCAACCCGGUAGCUUUGUAAAAGAGCAAACUAUGGCUGGAGCCACUGUCAGUGAGUGCAGGUAUUGUUUGAAGCAACUUCUUGGGUUGACGGCCGGUAGUUGCUGUAUUUGAAGUGCCAGGCAGAGAAGACUUACGCAACUAACACUCGGAUUCUUUAAACUGUGCGUGGUUGCUGUAUUGACAAGUAGUAUUUCUAAUGUUUGUUUAUUCCAAGAAUAAUGAGUUUGCACUUGUAUAAACCAUGAUAUGUUUUUGUUGCGAUUUGUAUUUUUUUGUUGUCCAAUGUAGCUGAUUUAUAUGUAACCGUUAACAGAGAGACACUGCAUAAAUUGAUUUUAUGACUCAA